AUGGGUAUUGAUUUGGUUGCCGGAGGCAAGAGCAAGAAGACCAAGAGAACUGCCCCUAAAUCUAAUGAUAUUUACCUCAAACUCCUCGUCAAGUUGUACCGAUUUUUGGUGAGGAGGACGGGGAGCAAGUUCAAUGCGGUGGUGCUGAAGAGGCUGUUCAUGAGCAAGGUUAACAAGGCCCCGCUAUCUCUCUCCCGCCUUAUAAUUUUUAUAGAAGAAACAGCAGAGGCUUCAAGGUUUAAUUUAUUUCUGCAUGUAAUAACCAGGUUGACUGCAGAUUCUACAUUUAGCAGUUUUCGUGCGAACGAUUUUGUCCGUCUAGCUAUUGUCCCAGUUCUCAUGUUUUCUUGA